AUGCCGCCGGACGCCGGCCGCAGCAAGAUGCUGACGGGCAUCGGGGGCUUCGUCUUGGGCUUCGUCUUCCUGGCGCUGGGGCUCGGCUUCUACCACAUGACAAAGGCCGAGUGUCACUUCACUAACGGCACGGAGAAGGUGAGGUACUUGUUGAGGCACAUCUACAACCGCGAGCAGCUCGCGAUGUUCGACAGCGACGUGGGGCACUACGUGGGGUUCACCCCCCGUGGGGAGAAGUGUGCCAGGGACUGGAACAGCAAACCGGAAUUAAUGGAGCACAGAUGGACUGCGGUGGACUGGUUCUGCCGUUUCUGGUACAAGACUUACACCCCGUUCAUCACGGAGCGCCGAGGUGAGCGCGGGGCAGAGCGUGUCCCCUCGGGCUCUGCCCUGCCAAUCACACUGGAGCCCCUCAAAACCUCCCUGGGCAUCGCCCCAGAGCUCUCAGCCCUCCUUGUGCCCAUCUCUGGAACCUUCUGGCCUGGUCGGUAA